UGGCCACCCGGACGGCGCGAUGGCGGCGGCUACCGCCGAGACCCCCGAAGUCCUUCGGGAAUGCGGUUGCAAGGGCAUCCGGACCUGUCUGAUCUGCGAGCGGCAGCGCGGCGGUGACCCGCCCUGGGAGCUGCCCCCAGCGAAAACAUACCGUUUCGUUUACUGCUCCGACACUGGCUGGGCCGUGGGCGCAGAGGAGUCUGACUUUGAGGGCUGGGCCUUCCCCUUCCCAGGAGUGAUGCUGAUCGAGGACUUUGUGACCCGGGAGGAAGAAGCUGAGUUGGUGCGGCUCAUGGACCGUGACCCCUGGAAGCUCUCCCAGUCUGGACGGAGGAAGCAGGACUAUGGCCCCAAAGUCAACUUUCGGAAACAGAAGCUAAAGACCGAGGGCUUCUGUGGGCUCCCCAGCUUCAGCCGGGAGGUGGUGCGGAGGAUGGGCCUCUACCCGGGGCUGGAGGGCUUCCGGCCCGUCGAGCAGUGCAACCUGGACUACUGCCCCGAGCGGGGCUCUGCCAUCGACCCCCACCUGGACGACGCCUGGCUGUGGGGGGAGCGGCUGGUCAGCCUCAACCUCCUGUCCCCCACCGUGUUGUCCAUGUGUCGGGAGGCGCCCGGGAGCCUGCUCCUCUGCUCGGCCCCGUCGGCUGCCCCGGAGGCCUUGGUGGACAGCGUGAUAGCACCCAGCAGGUCGGUGCUAUGCCAGGAGGUGGAGGUGGCCAUCCCCUUACCCGCCCGCUCCCUGCUGGUCCUCACGGGGGCCGCACGGCACCAGUGGAAGCACGCCAUCCACCGCAGACACAUCGAGGCCCGCCGCGUCUGUGUCACUUUCCGGGAGCUGUCGGCUGAGUUCGGCCCCGGAGGGAGGCAGCAAGAGCUGGGCCAGGAACUGCUGCGGAUCGCCCUCUCCUUCCAGGGAAGACCCGUGUGAGCCGCCUCCCUGGCUCCAGACUUGACUGAUCCUGGGAUUGAAAUGAGGAGCACAGAACAGGGCCUCCUGCAACUCACGGGGUUUCAAGAGAAGAUGGCUGACCCCUGAUGCUGUGAGCAGUGUGAGCCCCGCCCAGGUUUGGGAACGCACCUCCGGGCAGCACCCUUCCACCUGGACCGUGGCCACACUUGCUUUGGUUAUUUAGUUUGUCACAGUCUUGGGGACAUGGGACCAUUUGAGCUUAAAAAAUACUAGGGGCCGGGCACAGUGGCUCACGCCUGUAAUCCUAACACUUUGGGAGGCUGAGGUGGGUGGAUCACUUGAUGCCAGGAGUUCGAGACCAGCCUGGCCUACACGGUGAAAACCUGUCUCUACAAAAAGUACAAAAAUUAGCCGGGUGUGGUGACUCGCACCUGUAAUCCCAGCUACUCGGGAGGCUAAAGUGGGAGAAUUGCUUGAACCCAGGAGGCGGAAGUUGCAGUGAGCCAAGAUCACGCCACUGCACUCCAGCCUCGGCGACAGAGCAGGACUGUUUUGAAAAAAAAAAAAAAAAAAAAAAAAAAAGGGAACAUAUUAAAUGAUUUUCACCUUUA